AUGAACAGAAUCGCUCGCGACGCCCGGGACGGCCAAAGCACUCGAGACGUCCGGGAUGUGCUGCCGCGUCUUUCUGACCGGUCGGACGCGACUGCUUCUCGCGUCAAUCGCGCUUUUGAUGCCGUCGACGCGGCGCAUUCAUUGCUGCCACCCCACAACCAACACCCACAGCAGCAGUUGCAGGAUUUGCAACAACUGCAUCCGCUGCAGCCUCCUCUAUCUGCAUCUGCAUCCUUCCAGAGUAGCAGCAGACACUACUUCCAGCAGUACCAGCAGCAUCAGGACGACCGGCUCCAUCUGUACCAGCCCCAGUACAACCCAGCAGCUAGCAACAGCGACUCGCAGGACACGACCAGCAGCACAGACACCACAGCAAGCACGGACACGGACCGUCUGUUCACCCCACCCAUUAGCGAAGGCGGGCUCAGCGGGGUCGGUGGUGGUAGCGGCAGCGUGAACAGUAACAGCAACUCUGUCGGCAACUCGUACGGCUUUGAGCACGACUUCUCCGGCCAGGACUCGCAGCUGCUCCAGCUGUCCGAGCUCGCAGCAGCCAGCGCAAGAAUGGCCGAUCUGAACGCGCUAGACGCACCCGACACGUCUGCCCUGUCCCGAAAGCGGACUGCCGACGGCGGCGUCAAGCCCAUGCGUAAAACGUCCAACGCAUCACCCAUCUUUACUGGCGGUCACUCACGCAGCACGAGCACCGUGGGCGUUGCUUCGACAGCCGGCGGCCGCAUCGGCGAGCUCUCGGCCGAGCUGAAAGCGAAGCUGUCGUAUGCCAUGGUCAAAGUGAACAACGGCUGGCAAGCCCACUCGAUCGACCAGGUUGAGAACUUUGCAUCCCAGGCCACAUCGCCUGCAUCCAGCACAUCAACCAUCCAUGGCCGGCAUGGAUCAUCGGCCAGUCCGCGUCUCGCCGGCAUGCCAUCACAUAAGCGCCGACUCAGCCAGGCCAGCCAAAUGAGCCAGAUCAGCGGGUCUACAGCCGGCCUGGCGGGCCGGACUCCCGCCGCCAUCGACACGUCCGGGUGGCUGCCACAGAGCAGCGGCCGAUACUACAACAAUUCACCGGCGUUGCUGGCUUCGCCGCUAGCUGUGUCUCGAUCCAACGACUCCGGUGUCCCGCGAUCUCUCGCUCCACCAGUCUCUAUCCAGCCAGCCCGUCCGAGUUUGGCAGCGCGCCGAAACUCCAAUCCCGGGUUCGGCCUCGCAGCAUUGGCCUCCUUCUCCCACUACGCCAGUCCGCCGUCCCCAGGAUACAUGAGCCCGGUGAAGCGGACACCGAACAUGGACCCUAUCUUGUUUUCUCCUCAUCAGAAUGUGCGCGAGCAGGAUGCUAUCGAAACCCUGCUGUUUAUGAGCAGUCCGGGCAACUCGGCAAACAUGAAGCAGUUUCCUUCAAUGUCAUCGCAGCCGCUUCCAAACGGACACCACGAGUCUCACCCGUUACACCACCAGUUGCCGCCUAUGAGCAGUCCGCAACGACACGCUCUCCCAUCGGCGCCACGCAAGAGCUUGCCGACAUCGCGGCCCAUGGGUCACCGACAUUCGCAAUCGCUAUCCAGCCGACGCGGCCACAACCGCAGCCCCAGUGAUAUGGACAUUGAUGAGCCCUUUGGCACACCACAGUCCAGCAUCAGCAGCACAGUUCGAGGCACGCCAAGGCGCCGUGACAACGGCCACCCAAUGACGGAUGUGCCGACCCCUCGACUCAAGAUACCUCUGUCCAUGCCGUCAGGACUGAGCGGCACAGCCAAGCCCAGGCCCGUCCUGGGCGAAGAUGACAUUGAAAAGAUGCUAGACCGUGCUGCGGCCGCUUCUGCCGACGACUCGUCUGAUUCCGGCAGUGAGAUUCUCAUUCCUGUUCGGCGGGCUGGUCAGGUGGGAAUGUGA